AUGAAAGCCAGUUCUGUCAGGUCAGUAGAGCAGAGACAGACUCUUUCACCUCAGUGUUCAGAUGUUGAUGAACUAGGAUGCACGAUUCUGUUCACCACCAAUAUCAACAUGUGUCAGGAGGAUUGUAUAGCUAACGUCAUCUGUCCUAAGCUCUGUGGAAAAUGCACUACUUGUUAUGAGUGUGAUCACGUGAUGUCAACGGAACGUUGUAUGAACUCAACAGUGUGCAAUGCUGGGGAGGUAUGUUUCACUUUGGAGACCCUGAACUUUGACUUACAACACGGUUAUCGCCUGGGAUGUGUUCAUCAACAGGUCUGUGAUCAAAUGAAAACCCAGGCAACAAAUGUAUUUGGACGACGUUCUGGAAAUAUUGAGGUGUCGCUAACUGGUGGAUGUUGCCAUGGUGAUUUAUGUAAUCAUCAUAACAUACAUCAGACAACCACUCAACUUCCCAGCACCACCAGAACAACUAUGGCUACCACUACAACUCAAAAAGAAGCAGGAAAGCGCAUCUAA